CGCAGACCGUGAGAUCUCCACACGGCGCUAAGAGGGAGGCGGGCUCGCGGAAGAGGAGCACCGAAGGACCACAGUAUUCCCGGGCUUUGGCCGCAGCGUUAAGGCGAGCGCUUUUUUUUGGCGCGUGGUACUCCACCUUCGCGAAGCGACGGCACCUAUGGCUCGAGCCAGGAGCGCGUGACGGGACUCAGAGCAAUGGAGUCUCUGUUCGGCGGGGGGGAGCUGGGGCUCCUGGGGGGGGGCGGCGAGGCGGGGGGGCUGAAGGAGGACGGCUGCGGGAACGUGGCGUGGCACUCCUCCCCCCUGGGCUCCGACGACGUCUACUCCGCCCCCCACUUCACCCUGAUCUCGGCCUAUCAGGACAUCAAGACCCGGCUUGCCAGCCUGGAGCGAGAGAACAGCGGCAUCAAGAGGAAGCUCAAGAUCUACGAGAUCAAGUUCCCGAUGAUCAGCGAGUUCGGCGAGGACAACUCCUACUGCUCCUUCGAGACCAAGGAGACGGCGCUGCUGCACUCAGAGAACGGGAACCUGCAACAGAGAGUCAACGCCCUCACGCACGAGCUCCAGAAGAGGAAGGAGCGUGAGGGCCAGCUGGAGGAUGUGAUCCAGGCCUACGAGAAGAUCCACAUGGAGAAGAGCAACCUCCAGAGAGACCUGGACAAGAUGACCAACCUGGUGGAGAAGCACGUGGAGCGGAUCCUGGGCCUGGAGGCGGCGCUGCGGCAGCGGGACGGCUCGCUGCAGAAGCUCAACACGCAACUCCGCAGCAAGGACAUGCAGUACCUGCAGCUGCACGCCUCCUCCGAGACGCACAUGCUGGAUUGUCCCGCUCUGACCCUCCAGAGCUCCCGUAGUUUGGACGCGCUGUCGGACCUGAAGCUUCAGCGGCUGGAGGCGGAGCUAGAGGGGGUGCGGCACGAGGCGCAAGGGGCGUGUCUGCGGGAGGAGGAGGCCAAGGCGGUGUGUGAGAGGCUGAAGGAGGAGGUGGAGCAGCUGCAGAACAGCCAGCGCGACCGGGAAAUGACCUCGUCCUGCGAGCAGUGUGAUGUGGAGUGGAUAAAGAAGGUGGGGGACGAACAGGUUAACCUGGCCCUGGCCUACACCGAGCUGACGGAGGAGCUAGGCCGACUCCAAGCUCUGAGCUCCAAGCAGACGGAGAUCCUGAGGAAAGCCUCGCAGGAGCAAGCUAGCCCAGUCCAGCGCCACUCCCCUCCGGUCCACCUCCACUCCCCCAGCCACCACCCCCGGCUCUCCCCCGUCUCCCCCCGCCACUCCCCGGCCCCGCCCCCGGCCCACCACUCCCCCAUCGCCCAGCGCCGCUCGCCGGUGCCCCAGCGGCUCUCCCCCGACAUGCACCGCCGCUCGCCGCUGCUGGACGUCAACGAGGGACCCGCCUCCUACUCCUGCCGGCCCCCCAGCCACCACCUGAGGGCCAGCUUCCAGGGCCGCCGCAGCUACUCGGAGGUGGCGGACCCCUCGGCCUACCAGCGCCCCCCCCGCUUCACGCUGGACCCCGUGUCCACGCUGCCCAAGCCCCGCCCCUACAUCGACGGCUACAGCAAGCAGCAGCAGCAGCAGCAGCAGCAGCUGAUGGGGGGGCUGCAGCACCGCGGCUCCCCGGGGCCCCACCAGGGGGGCGGCGGCGGCGGCGGCGGCGGGGGAGGGGGGGGAGGCGGAGGGGGAGGGGGGGACGACGGCUCCAUGCGCCACUCCAGGGAGAUGCCCUUCCCGCUGUCGGAGCUGUCCCACCUGCGCUUCGAGCCGCCGCCCCCCUCCACGCCGGCCCCCCCGCCGCCACAGAACCACUCCUCGGACGACGACGAGGACUGGGCGUGCCCCCACCCCAUCAGCCCCCCGCGGACGCUGGGCGUGUCCCCCUCCGGGUCCAUGUCCCCCGGCCUCAUGCGGGGGCCCUCCUCCUGCUCCGUCUUCCCCAUCCCCCAGCGGAGCAACACGCUGAGCUGCCCCCCCCAGGGGUACAUGUCCGCCGAGCACGCCCAGUCCUGGCCCAGCAUCAACCUCUGGAUGGAGACGGAGGAGAGCGACAUGCGGAGCUGCCCGCUGUGCCAGCUCAUCUUCCCCGUGGGUUACCCUGACGACGCCCUCAUCAAGCACAUCGACUCACACCUGGAGAACAGCAAGAUCUGAUCGCCAU